AUGGGCCGGAAGUCGUGCGAGGCCCGCGCGGCGCGCGACCCCGAGAAGCUGGCCCGCAUGAUGGAGGCCGUCAAGGUCGUUCUCAGCGGCGUCGGCGAGCUCGACCUCGCGCGGCCGGGGAUCCUCGACACGCCCAAGCGCGUCGCGAAGGCGUUCCUCGACAUGACGGAGUGCGCACAGCAGGAGCCAAAGGACGUCAUUGGCGAGGCGCUCUUCCAGGAGCCUGCCGUGGCGGGCGGGUCCAACGGGAUGGUGCUCGUCCGCUCCAUCGACUUCUCGGCAAUGUGCAGGCACACCCUCAUGCCCUUCGUCGGCCGUGCGCACGUCGCCUACCUGCCAUCGGCGCAGGGCGUCGUCGUCGGGCUCUCCAAGGUCGCCCGAAUCGUCCGCUCGCUAUCCAAGCGGCCGCAGACGCAAGCGGACCUCGCUCGCGGUAUCGUCGAGGCCCUGGACGCCAUCGGCGCGCGCGGCACGGCGGUGCUGCUGUCCGCGCGUCACCUGUCGCAGGGCGCCGACGCUGGGCGCUCGCAGCGGCUCGAGCUGCGCACCUCCGGGGCGUUCCGGGAGUCCUCGGCCCUCAGGCUCGAGUUCCUCGCGCUCCUGCGCCUCCACGGCGUCCAGUGCGCCGCGCAGGUCGACGCGAGCGGGCCGCAGCACUCGGCCGUGGCCGCCGUGGCCGCGCGCCGGGACGGCAAGGCCGCGGGCCACGGCGGGUCCGCCGCCGACCUCGCGAACUCGGAGUGCAGCGACCUCUCGGACGCCGCGCCGGCCUCUGCGGGCUCGCUCUACCGCGCAACUGCACAGAGGCCGCUGAGCGGCGAGGCAACGGAGGUCACGGAGGAGAUGGACACGGACUCGGCGAGCGCCGGCACUGCGAGCGCGUCGGGCGCGUGUGCGCCGGCCCCUCCCUGGGACGUCGCGGACGCUCACGGCCACCUCGCGCCGCGGUGCCCCGGCGUCACGCGCGCCGCGAUGGAGGGCGCGGUCGCCGUGCUGCUGCGCGAGGCCGGGCUGUGGCCCGCCGGCGACGGCGACGGCAGCGGCUGGGGCGAGGGCGAGGCGGGCGCGGCGUGCCGACGACACGUGUCGCUGCUGCUCGCCGGGACGCGCGGGUACGAGACGGAGGUGCCGCGGGCGUGCGGGGGCGGCACGGCGCUCGGCUGCGGCGCUGCGGACAUGGGCUGGCCACGGGCCGCGGGCGGCCAGAGCGCGCGGAGGGAGGUGUUCGAGCCGGCGGUGGCGUUCCAGUCCCUCUGCGAGCACCACAUGCUGCCGUUUUACGGGACCGUUCGCGUGGGCUACGCCAGCAGGCCCGGCGCGCCCGCGCUGCCGUGGGCGGAGCUGCGCGGCCUCGUGGACGCGCUGUCGCGGCGGCUGCAGGUCCAGGAGCGCCUGGGCGAGCAGCUCGCGGACGCGGUCGCGGCUGCGGCGGACGCCGAGGGCGUGAUGGUUGCAAUCGAUUCGGCGCAUAUGUGCAUGGUCUGCCGCGGCGUGGAGCGCACGGGGAGCAGCACGGUGACCGUGGCGAGCCGCGGCGUGUACCUGGAGGACUCGGCGCUGCGCUUGUCCGCGAUGGCGUCGCUGUUCGACCGGUGA